AUGGCACAGAACAAAGCUUUCGGGAAAUGGUCCGCGUUGUUCGACAACGAAGAAUUCUGCAGCAUCUUUGAUCUUUCGGAUUCCAGCAUAGAUGCUUCCGCUGACACCCCCUCGCUACGAGCGGAGAGCAAACAUCCAUCUCGGCCCUUAUCUGAGCGAAUUAAUUCCUUCACGAGUGAAGAUUCAUUUAAUGUGAGUUAUGCAAUCGAAAUGUACGACCCUGAAAGUAAAAACGAAACCCAUGAUUUGAGUUCAUCCAAAUUACACUUUGACGAUAAUUUCCUGGACAAUGAAAGCAUCAAAAUACACUCGUUCACAAUAGGAAAAAGCGACAGUAGCUACUCAGUUCACAGCGAAAAUUCAAAAUCAGAACAUGCAUCAGAAGAAGAAAAUUGCGAUGACAACGGAGCCCGCGACAAUCACUCGAGUGACAAAACGAGCAAUCAUUUGGAUCGACCUACAAGUGAAACCCAGUUUACAACUCCAAUUAAACCGAUUUCCAAAACGAAGCUUCAUGAAUCAAUUCGUUCUACGUUUUCACACGUGACCAAAUCACUUCAGAAGUCAGUUGGAAAGAACCGAAACUUCAGCGUGAAAACUUUUCAUGACCAAAAUAGUCCGGUAAAGUCAAAAUCGGAGAACUCGGACUGGAGCUCAUCGUUAAUGGCCACAUUAAACCAUAAUGAAGGUUUCAGACUGUUUCAAAAGCAUUUAGAAAACGAGCUCUCAACUGAGAAUCUAAACUUCUGGCUGGACUGUCAAAAAUUGAAACAGCUUCAUGGAAAAAUGUUUGUAAAACGCGUAAUCGAAAUGUAUGGGAUCUAUUUUAGCGACGACUCGCCUAUGGAGCUGAAUGUGGACAUUAAAAUUAAACUUGAAGUUGCAAACUCCAUAAUCAGAAAACCCAACCGAAAGUGCUUUGACAGGGCUCUGGACCACGUGAUCAAAUUAAUGGAGCGGGAUUCUUUUCCGCGGUUCCAAGCGACUCUUACAGACAACAAGCUGUUCAACCAGACAUCAAACGAACCAUUUUGA